UGCUUCCGCAGGUCUUAGGAGCCGCGGCGUAAUUGGAUAAAAGUCAGGCUAGGGGGCGGGAUUCCAGGCUGUUUUCCGCUAAUCGAUUAGUCAAUAUCUAAGAGGGUGGUACGGGAGCCCGCAGUUCUACGAUCCAAUUGGCUUCGGGCUCAGUGGGAGGCGGGAUGAAUGCUUGGGAGAGGACUGAAGAAGUCCGCGGCCCAUCUUCGAGCACAGGAGUGAGGUAGCGAGCCUAGCCCGCCCGGCCCCCGAGAUCUGGCCCAGCACUUCUGUUCUCGGACUCCAGGGCCUGCAAGAUGGAGGAAGGUGGGAAUCCAGGAAGCCUGACUAAGAUGGUCCAUCUACUAGUCUUGUCGGGGGCCUGGGGCAUGCAAAUGUGGGUGACCUUCAUCUCAGGCUUCCUGCUUUUCCGAAGCCUUCCCCGACAUACCUUUGGCCUUGUGCAGAGCAAACUCUUCCCUUUCUACUUUAACAUCUCCAUGGGCUGUGCUUUCAUCAACCUCUGCAUCUUGGCUUCACAACAUGCCUGGACUCAGCUCACAUUCUGGGAGGCCAGCCAGCUCUGCCUGAUGCUCCUGAGCCUCUCACUGGCCGCCAUCAACGCCCGCUGGCUGGAGCCCCGCACCACAGCUGCCAUGUGGGCCCUGCACAGGGUGGAGAAGGAGCGGGGUCUGGGCGGGGAGGUACCUGGAAGCCACCAGGGCCCCGACCCCUACCGCCAGCUGCGGGAGAAGGACCCCAAGUACAGUGUCCUCCGCCAGACCUUUUUCCGCUACCAUGGCCUGUCCUCCAUUUGCAAUCUGGGCUGUCUCCUGAGCAAUGGGCUCUGCCUUGCAAGCCUUGCCCUGGGCCUUGGGAGCCUCUAAUGCCCACUUCCUCUCGGGCCCUGCUGAGGCCCCAGAUGUGAAUAAACACUUGUUUGGAAA